AUGGCUCAAUCCAUGACACCAAUGGAAGAUGCUCUGAGGACGAAGAUCACAGAAGCCUUGAAGCCGACCUCACUCGAGAUCUUCAACGAUUCGAAUAAGCAUGCCCACCACAAAGCUAUGCAAGGAGUCACCAGCAGAGAGACACACUUCCGUGUUUUCAUCACUUCGCCAGCCUUCCAAGGCAAAAUGCAGCUCGCACGGCAUCGCAUGAUCAACUCCUUGAUGAAGGACGAGUUAGCACAAGAAGGCGGUAUACACGCGCUGCAACUCAUCACUCGAACGCCUGAGGAGGACGAAGCCCGGAGACAAAAGGAAGCCACACAGGGAUAA